AUGGCGACGGUUCAGUUCUUCAACAAAUUCCCCUGCAAAACCCGAAUCCAAACCUCAACAAACUCAAAAUCCAUCCCCAAACCACCGUCGAUGACCACCCUCACUCGCCGUCCCUUGUUUCCCCCCGGAGAAUCCACACUCCCUCGUGCCGAUUUCAGAGUCAGAGUCAUCGAUCCGGAGGAGACGAGUGAUGAGUUAGGAUCUGCUCUAUUGCUUGCGGAGGAAGCAAUCGAAUCCGUGGAAGAGACGGAAUCUCUCAAGAGAUCUCUGGUCGAUUCCUUGUACGGCACAGACCGAGGUUUGAGCGCAUCGAGCGAGACUCGAGCUGAGAUCGGAGAUCUAAUCACACAGCUCGAGUCCAAGAACCCUACCCCAGCUCCCACCGAAGCUCUCUUUCUCCUCAACGGCAAAUGGAUCCUCUCGUACACAUCGUUCAUUGGUUUGUUCCCGUUACUCUCACGAGGGAUCGUGCCGUUAGUUAAAGUCGAUGAGAUCUCACAGACUAUUGAUUCAGACAACUUCACGGUCGAGAACUCUGUUCUGUUCGCUGGUCCUUUAGCUACGACCUCGAUAAGCACCAACGCUAAAUUCGAGAUCCGAAGUCCUAAACGUGUCCAGAUUAAGUUCGAGGAAGGUGUGAUCGGGACUCCUCAGCUAACGGAUUCGAUUGAGAUCCCGGAGUAUGUUGAGUUUCUUGGUCAGAAGAUUGAUCUUGCUCCGGUCAGAGGGUUGCUUACUUCGGUACAAGACACGGCUUCUUCUGUGGCUAGAACCAUAUCGAGUCAGCCACCGUUGAAGUUCUCUUUGCCUGGGGAUAAUGCUCAGUCGUGGCUGCUUACGACUUAUUUGGAUAAGGAUAUUCGGAUCUCUAGAGGAGAUGGUGGAAGUGUGUUUGUGCUUAUUAAAGAAGGAAGCCCUCUCUUGAAUCCUUGA